AUGGAACACUCGGUCCUCAGAAUAACAUGCGUCUUGGCAGUUAUCUGUCUCUUGGAUAGAAGGGUAGACUCCAAUGAAAUCUUGGGCCUGAAGCUCCCCAACAUCGAUCCAAUCCUGAAUGCCAACACGGUGUGCCUGACGCUGCCAGGUUUGACACGGCGCCAGCUGGAGGUGUGCAUGCGGAACCCAGACGUCACAGCUUCAGCAAUCCAGGGAAUUCAGAUUGCCAUCCAUGAGUGCCAGCACCAGUUCAGAGGGCACCGCUGGAACUGCUCCAGUCUGGAGACUAGGAACAAAAUACCCUAUGACAGCAUAGUCUUUAAAAGAGGUUUCAGAGAGAGUGCCUUUGCGUAUGCCAUUGCAGCAGCAGGUGUGGUACAUGCAGUGGCCAACGCCUGCUCCAUGGGCAAACUGAAGGCAUGCAGCUGUGACGAGAAGCGCCGUGGGGACGAGGAGGCCUUUCGCAUCAAACUGCACCGUUUGCAACUGGAGGCCAUCCACCGGGGAAAGGGUAUGGUACACGGCGUUAUGGAGCAUUUCCCCGCUGACCUGCCAGGACCCCAGGAUUCCUGGGAGUGGGGUGGCUGCAGUCCCGAUGUGGAAUUCGGUGAGAAGUUCUCGAGGGACUUCUUGGAUGCCCGCGAAACCUACAAAGACAUCCAUGCCCGUAUGAGGCUGCAUAAUAAUAGAGUUGGGAGACAGGUGGUGCUCGACCACAUGAGAAGGAAAUGCAAGUGCCACGGUACAUCGGGGAGCUGCCAGCUGAAGACCUGCUGGCAGGUCACCCCAGAGUUCCGGGUGGUGGGCUCAAUCCUCAAAGAGCGCUUCCACAUUGCCACGCUGAUCAAGGCCCACAACCGAAACACCGGACAGCUCGAUCACUCCCACAACAACAACAACCAUCACAACCACCAUAACCAUCACAACCAUCACAACCACCACAAUCACCACCACACACACCGGCGGCGGCCAAGCAUCCAUGAACUGGUCUACUUUGAAAAGUCACCAGAUUUCUGCGAGCGGGACCUGGGGUCAGACUCAACGGGUACGCAGGGGCGGAUCUGCAACAAGACCAGCCCCGGCAUGGACAAUUGUGAAAGUCUGUGUUGCGGGAGAGGCCAUAACAUCCUUCAGCAGACGCGGAGCGAACGCUGCAACUGCAAGUUUCACUGGUGCUGCUAUGUGGUGUGCGAAGAGUGCAGGAUAACAGAGUGGGUUAGUGUUUGUAAAUGAAGAAACACACACUAAAAGACUGCACACAAUAAAGAAAACAAAGACAAAUAGACAUUUUUAAACC